CCAGACUCACGGGUGGACCAACUGCUGCUUGCGGGCUGAAAGCAACGACCCUCACCUAUAGUCUCGAGGAAGAGGAGAGCUUCCACUUCCAGAGGACCAUGACGUCCACAUGUCUGCUCAUCUUGGCUUUCCUCGCGGUCUGCAACUUCACCGCGUCCGGAGGACAGGGCAUCGCCCCCGAGGAUGAGGCGCACGGGAGGACCAUCGACGACAUCAUUCUGCAGAGAGCAGAGAGCCUCCUGUUACGGUCCAUUCUCAAGAAGAUACAGGACGGAGACGGAAGAAACGAGGGAUCCUCCUCUCAGGCAGAAUGGGUGACAAAGCGACAGCACCCCGGUAAGAGACACGGCGACGACUUGGAGAAGCGGCAGCACCCGGGGAGGAGAGAAGAGGAAGACGAGGGUGACCAGUACCCGGACCUUCAAAAGAGGCAGCACCCGGGGAGGAGAGAAGAGGAAGACGAGGGUGACCAGUACCCGGACCUUCAAAAGAGGCAGCACCCGGGCAAACGCGAGGAAGAAACGCACUCGUUCACGGAGCUGCAGAAGAGGCAGCAUCCGGGGAAGCGCUUCGCGGUGGGACGCGUUUCUGAAAACCCCGUGACGCUCCUGGGGGAACUGGCGAAGCGCCAGCACCCGGGGAAGCGCUACCUGGUGGCGCACGGCAAGCGCCAGCACCCAGGUAAGCGCGACGGGGACCAGGAGGAGGACCAGGAGGAGGAGGAGGACGAUGGGGACUGGGACGUGGACGGAGAAGGAGACCACGACGACGACCUCGCGGACUUGGAAAAGCGGCAGCACCCCGGGAAACGGUUUUGGGAUAACUCCAGUCCGGAUUUGGGCACGAACAGUCCGUGUGACGUAACGGACCCUACGAGCUGCGGCAAGACCAGUUUGCUGCUCGACUUUUUAGACGACAUUAACCAGAGUCACGCCGAGGAGAAGCGACAGCACCCGGGGAAACGGUUUGCGCCCGAGGAGGACUUCGUGGAAGGAGAGUAGGUUGAAAAACACGAGGUCCCCGGUGUGUGUAAACCAAUACGCGUGUAAAUGAAGUGACCACAAUGAAUUAUUAAAAAAAAAUAAUUUACACCAUUUAAUCUGUUGUGCCACAAAAAAAAACAAAAAAAAAACAUGUAUCUGCCGUUUUUGUUUUAGUUUGGAGAGCUUGUGCGUAAUUAUCCUCCAAACUGUAAGGUCG